ACUCUCAAUGGAUUUCAAGACAAUGCUUCCCUUUUUGGCGUGUUGGUGCGUGUUUCUGAUCAGCUUCUCAGAUGCCGAACAGCAGAAACCAAGCAGCUUCCUCAGUAACUAUUCCAGUUACAAAAACAUCUGCCACAAAAUCGGCUGGGAACCAAAAUGUAGAACCGAGGCUCAAAAGGGUUGCAGUGGAAAAAUUGUUGCCUUCCAUGCAAUUCUUUCUUCAAGGCUUACUAAUGUACCUAUAAAAACCAUCAUUAAGUUCGGACAAGUUUUGGUAAACGAAGGAAGUGGAUAUAACCCAGCCACGGGUAAAUUUACAGCCCCGCUAGAUGGUGUCUAUUCGUUUUCUUGGACUUACUGUACAAACAAAGGUUCAAAUGCAUAUCUUGGUGGAUAUGUGGAUGGCAAGUUGAUAACCAAAAUAUCAAAUUACGGCCAGGCAAACAGUUGGAAAAAUACAUCAGGACAUCUCGUCAUCAAACUGAUGAAAGGAAAUCAGUUUUGGGUUCAGGCGUUCUACUCUACUGCUCAGCUUAUACAUGAAGAGUACACAUUUCUGUCAGGAUACAAACUAUCUGGUUGUUAAAAAAUUGGAACAAUAAAGUUGUUGUC